UUUUUUUUUUUUAUUACAUAUAUACCGCAUAAUUAUGUCUUCUUCUCAGCACGACCACCCCGAAGAACAAGAUAUUGUAGAAGAAGAAUAUCUACAACAAGACGAUGUCUAUGAAGAAGAAGUACCUGAUCUCGGUCAAGGUGAACCCAUGGAAGAAAGUGACGAUGAUGAUAUGGAAGAAAAUCCUUUGGAAGGUUAUGAUGUACGACAAUCUGAAACAGACGAAAACUUGAUGGAAUUAGCUGAUGAUUCUGUUCAAGGUUUUUUUGAUCAUCGAGAACCUGUAUAUGCUGUGGCUAUGCAUCCAAAAGAUAACCAACUUAUUGUUAGUGGAGGUGGUGAUGACAAGAGUUAUUUAUGGCGUGCUGAUACUGGAGUCAAGUUAUUUGAAUUGACAGGUCAUACUGAUUCAGUUACUGCUGUAGCAUUCAGUGUGGAAGGGGAUUAUGUGGCAUCUGCUGGUAUGGAUGGUCGUGUCCGUGUUUGGAAAGUGGAAAAUGGUGAAUUAUGUACUUCUGUUGAAGGUCCUGACGAAGUGGUGUGGAUGAAUUGGCAUCCAAAAGGAAAUGUAUUACUUGCUGGUGCUUCAGAUUCUACUAUUUGGAUGUGGGCAAUGCCAUCUGGAAAAUUCAUGAAUAUAUUUAAUGGUCAUGCUGCGCCUGUGACAGCUGGUCGAUUUACUCCUGAUGGAAAACGAAUUGUGUCUGUAUCUGAAGAUACAUCCAUGAUUAUUUGGGAUCCCAAGACAGCUGUUGCUGAAUUUCGUUUAUCUGGUGAAGAUGCUAGAUUCCAUCCUGAACCCAUUACUACUUUGGCCAUCAAUAAGGAUAGUACUUUGGCUAUUUCUGGAUCUAUGGAUGGUAAAGCUCGUUUGGUAAAUAUUACCAAUGGUUCUAUUGUAGCUUCUUUAGAAAAUCAUUCUGAUUCUGUGGAAACUGCUGAUUUUUGUGAUGUUCUUGCUCUUGCUGCUACUGGAUCUGUGGAUGGUACUAUUUCUAUUUGGGAUGUACAAACACAACGAUUACGAUCUACUCUUAAUCAUGAAGAUGCCAUCAUUAAAGUCAAAUUUGUUGUCAAUUCACCUCUUCUUGUGUCCUGUUCUGCUGAUCGAAAUGUGAAAAUGUGGGAUGCUCGAACUGGUGUAUGUGUCAAAUCAUGGCAAGGUCAUCGUGAUGCUGUUCUUGAUUUUGCGGUAUCAGAUGAUGGACAAACAGUGGUGACUGCCUCUGAUGAUGGUGCCUGUUUGGUGUAUAAGCUUUAGAUAUAGCAUUCCAUUUUCAUUCCUAUCUCAUUUUUUUAGUUCAUAUCAUCAUGUAUCAUUUUUUUUUUUUUUUUUU